AUUGGGUGCCUGUGGUGUGAUAUUUUCAAGUCCGACAUUCUUCUUCCACAAUGAUGGACGCAAUGUGCUUCUUUUCACCUCCAUCGGACAAUCAUCAACAUGGCCUUCGUGGGGAACUUCGUUACCAAUUACGACCGCACCUUGAAUGCAGAAGGACCAGGCACACCCUCAGGAUUCCAGCGACGGGAUGAGGUCGAGGAUGAACAAACUCUUCCUACCCGUCGCCGGCGCGGGUUAGGGGAACAAUCACAGCAAACUGUUGACGAAGACGGCUCGAAAACUCCUUCGUCCCUGCCUUCAGGUUGGCUCGGCAGAAACCAAGUCAGCGGCAGGCUGACCGAUGAAACUGCUAACGACCAGCAAAGGGCGUCCGACAAUAGAGCAGAACAAGUCAGAGACCUGGCACGUCAGUACACACAUGGAUCGGCACAUAUUCUGAAUGAACAGAGCUUGUUCAAUCCAGAGAAAGACUCAUAUCUAGAUCCUUCUUCCGAUAAUUUCCAGCCUACUGCCUGGUCCAGAGCACUGUUUGAAAUACGAAGCAACGAUGAAAGGCACUGGGAAGGCAGAUCAGCUGGGUUCUGCUUCAGAAAUCUAAGUGCAUACGGCUUUGGCACCGAAACCGAUUAUCAGCAAAGUGUUGGAAAUAUGAUCCUUCAUUCCUUGGGCUUGCUGCGGGACUACAUCACGGGCCGUCGACAUCAAAGAAGGAUCCAGAUCCUGCAAAACCUGGAUGGUGUUGUCCUACCCGGUGAGCUCCUCGUUGUCCUGGGCCCGCCAGGAUCCGGCUGCUCUACGUUUCUCAAAACUCUCGCUGGUGAAACGCACGGAUAUCACACCAGCAAUGAUUUCCAUAUCAACUACCAGGGUAUCAGCUGGCAUCAAAUGCACAAAAACUUUCGUGGCGAAGCCAUUUACACUGCGGAGCAGGAUGUGCAUUUCCCACAGUUAAGUGUUGGCGAUACACUCUACUUUGCUGCCCGAGCUCGGGCCCCUAAGUUUCUUCCUGCUGGUGUCAGCAAAGAAGUCUAUGCCCAACGCCUCCGCGACGUUGUUAUGGCCACCUUUGGAAUCCGUCACACAGUUGACACCAGGGUCGGAAACGAUUACGUUCGAGGAGUCUCUGGUGGCGAGCGUAAGCGAGUCACAAUUGCAGAGGCGGCUCUCAACGGUGCUCCUCUCCAAUGCUGGGAUAAUUCGACCCGUGGUCUGGACAGCGCUAACGCAAUUGAGUUCUGUAAGUCUUUGAGAUCGUCGGCGGAAAUUGCUAGGAUAACGGCGGUCGUCUCGAUUUACCAGGCAUCACAGGCGGCAUUUGACCUCUUUGACAAGGCUCUCGUCUUAUACGACGGACAAGAAAUAUAUUUUGGCCCAGCUAAGGCGGGAAAGCAAUACUUCACCAGCCUCGGAUUCGAGAAACCUGCCCGUCAAACUGAUGCGGACUUCCUCACCUCGAUGACCAACUCAAGAGAGCGGGUUCCACAGAAGGGCUUUGAGCAUAGGGUCCCUCGAACGGCACAAGAAUUUGCUGUCGCCUGGAAGAAGAGUCCCGAGUAUAGAGCUCUCGUCAAUGACAUCGAGCUCUUUGAGAAGCAACACCCAAUAGGUGGCGAAGAUCUGCACAAAUUCGAGGAGUCUCGGAGACUACAACAAGCUAAAAGGCAACACCUGAGUUCCCCAUACACGCUCUCCUACAUGGAACAAGUUCAACUGUGCCUUUGGCGCGCGUAUAGGCGCCUGGUAACGGAUCCGACGGUCACUCUUACCGCCCUUUUUGCCAAUUUCACCAUGUCGCUAGUGACCGCAUCGGUCUUUUAUAACCUACCUGACGAUACCUCCUCCUUCUUCUCCCGCGGUGCUCUUAUUUUUUUCGCCGUCCUAAUGAGUGCCUUCAGCUCGGCACUGGAAAUUCUCACACUUUAUGCCCAACGUCCUAUCGUCGAGAAACACGCGCGGUACGCUCUUUACCAUCCAUCUGCUGAGGCGUUUGCCUCCAUGAUGAUGGAUAUACCGUACAAAGUUGUCAACGCCAUUCUGUUCAACCUCACCUUAUAUUUUCUGACAAAUCUGCGGCGGACGCCUACGGCUUUUUUCUACUUCCUUUUGAUAUCCUUCAUGCUGACUAUGACAAUGAGUAUGAUGUUUCGUACAAUUGCGUCAGUGUCCCGUACUCUUCAGCAAGCCCUUACACCGGCUGCCGUCAUUAUCCUUGCGAUUAUCAUUUAUACCGGAUUUUCGAUUCCCACAACCUAUAUGCUAGGUUGGGCUCGCUGGAUGAAUUAUCUCGAUCCAGUGGCAUAUGGCUUUGAGGCUUUGAUGGUCAAUGAGUUUUCGGGCAGGACGUUCCCCUGCGUCACCAUUGUCCCUCCAUACGGAUCAUUGACUCACGGCGUCUGCUCUGCAGUUGGAGCAGUUGCCGGUCAAGACUUCGUCCGCGGUGAAACAUACAUUGAAUCUGCCUAUAAUUACAAAGCCUCACACAGAUGGCGGAAUUUUGGCAUUUUGUGGGUCUUCAUGGCCUUUCUCUGCGGCACAUAUCUGGUGGCCGCCGAAUACGGUCAAGAAAAGAAGUCCAAGGGUGAAGUUCUCGUCUUCCGUCGAGGAAAAAUGCCCAAGGAUCUGAUGAAAAUCAUACCUACUGAUGGUAUGAGAGCGAGUCAUGGUACUAUGGUCGACACUGAGGCAGCUGUUACGGAAACCCCAAUGUACAAUUCGGACCAACAUGACUUACAGAACGCGACUGCCGUUAUUCAACGCCAGAAAAGGAUCUUCCAUUGGAGAGAUGUCAGUUAUGACAUCAAAAUUAAAGGAAAAGGGAGACGGAUUCUCGAUCAUAUCGAUGGUUGGGUCAAACCAGGUACACUUACCGCCAUGGUCGGUGUCAGUGGCGCGGGGAAAACUACUCUUCUCGACGUCCUUGCUACUCGUGUCAGAAACGCCACUGGUGUUAUUACUGGCGAGAUUAUGGUCGAUGGCAGACUAAGGGAUAACUCGUUCCAACGAAAGAUUGGUUACGUUCAGCAGCAGGAUCUCCAUCUAGCGACAGCGACUGUUCGGGAAUCCCUUACUUUCAGCGCGCUAUUACGUCAACCAGCUCAUAUACCUCGAAAGGACAAGAUCGCUUAUGUGGAAGAAAUUAUCAGGCUUCUGGACAUGGAGCCGUUCGCGGACGCUAUAGUUGGUGUUCUAGGAGAAGGACUUAAUGUCGAGCAACGAAAACGACUCACUAUUGGCGUCGAAUUGGCCGCGAGACCCCAACUACUCUUCUUCCUUGACGAACCGACUUCUGGGCUGGACUCGCAAACCUCGUGGGCUAUUCUCAGUUUACUAGAGAAAUUAAGGGACAACGGACAAGCAAUACUCUGUACUAUCCACCAACCCUCCGCAAUGCUUUUCCAGCGCUUCGAUCGCCUACUGCUACUUGCCGAUCGCGGGAGAACGACCUACUUUGGGCCUAUAGGAGAAUCUUGCAAGACUGUCAUCGCAUAUUUCGAGAGAAAUGGCGCACUCCCAUGCCCGAAUGGAGCUAACCCCGCUGAAUGGCUGUUGAACAUCACAGGCGGAGGUCGUGAUCCGUCGUAUCGCUGCGAUAUCGAUUGGCCACAGGUGUGGAAGUCGUCUCCUGAAUUCCAGGCUGUGCACGCUGAACUCGACGACCUGGAAGCCAAACGGCCCCAGAUGAUGGAUCAACUCUCGGCAGAAAAAGACGACCAAGACUCCUACCGCUCAUACGCGGCUCCAUUCUGGCUCCAGUACUACGAAGUCCAGAAACGUGUUUUCCAACAAUACUGGCGGACACCCAGCUACAUUUAUUCGAAACUCGUUCUGUGCGCUGCGAGCGCACUCUUUAUCGGAUUUUCCUUCUUUGACGCGAAAAACACCCGGCAAGGUCUUCAAAAUCAAAUGUUCGGUCUGUUCAUGCUGCUGACCAUCUUCGGCCAACUGGUCCAGCAGAUCAUGCCCCUUUUCGUUACGCAGCGAUCUCUAUAUGAAGUCCGUGAGAGGCCAGCUAAGACCUACUCUUGGAAGGCAUUUAUGCUCUCGAACAUCGUUGCUGAGAUUCCUUGGAACUUUGCCGGGGCAGUUCUGUUGUUCUUCUGCUGGUACUAUCCCAUCGGUCUUUAUCGGAACGCCCAGCCUACGAACGCCGUAGAGGAACGCGGUGCAUUAAUGUGGCUGCUUGUCCUUGCAUUCAUGAUGUUUACUUCGACCUUUGCGCACAUGGUUAUUGCCAGCAUAGAGACGGCCGAAACUGGAGGUCACAUCGCAAAUCUCAUGUUUUCUCUGUGUCUGACGUUUUGUGGUGUCCUCGCCACACCGAAAGCCCUGCCUGGCUUCUGGAUAUUCAUGUACAGGGUGUCGCCUUUCACCUACCUGGUUGCGGCAAUGCUCUCAACCGCCGUCAUGGACGCCGACGUCCGCUGCGCGGAGAACGAAUACCUUAGAUUCAACCCUCCUCCCGGCGAAACAUGCGCGCAAUACAUGGAACCAUAUAUGAAUGUCGCCGGUGGCUACCUCCUCAACGGUACCAGCUCGGCUGGCGGUAACUGGAGUUGUAAUUAUUGUCCGAUCGGCAAAACCAACACGUUUUUGGCGUCGCUGUAUAUCAAUCCGCAGGAUCGCUGGAGAAAUCUCGGGCUCCUCUGGGUCUACAUUGUUUUCAAUGUAUUUGGUGCUUUGUUCCUGUAUUGGCUUGGUCGUGUUCCAAAGGUGAAGAACAACAUGAUCGGGAGAGUUUGGAGGGGGAUUAGGGGGAAAGCCAAGGUGAACGACGAGAAGGCUGCCGGUCGAUCCCCCAAAGGUGUUUCGCGUCGGUCACCCUCGACAGUGUUAUCUUUCUUUAAACCCAGGCACUCCGGCUCAUAGGGUCAUGGCGUGAUGGAAAGAGUGUUGAGAAAUGUACCCUCAUAUAUUGACAAUGACUUAUCAUAGAUCGAGAGGGACAGAUAGACAGGAAGGCGGAUAGGCUAGGCAUUGACUAUACUAUUUGCAG